AAGAGGUGCCUGUCUGUCCAUUAAGCCGGUGGGGAAGGACUUCUAUAAGCUCCUGGGAGAACUCCAUGGAGAACGACAUCAAGAAGACACAGAGAAUGGCGCUAAAUCCAUCUAUCUAUAUUACUUUUUGUACGUCUAAAUAUCUGUCUGUCUGUCCAUGGGUAUGUCUGCCUAGGCACUUGUGCAUGCACAUGUAAGAGUGGGCAUUCACAGCAAGAGGAAACGAGGUCCCCGUGGGCAGCGAUAAGAACAAGCAUUACUGAGAGCCAGAGAUGUGUGAUUCACUCCGUUCCUCCGAUGUGAGCGGUAUGUGAGUGCUCCUGCACAUUCACACCAAAUUUGUCCAUGAUAUCCUGUUGGAAUGAUGGAGAAUCUCAUGGAAACUCCACAACUGAUUGGCUGUGCUUGGCGUCAGAGCCAGGAAGUGAUACCAUGUAUGUACGUACGUACCUCUCCAUUCAUAGCCCCGUCUGCUCCCAGUGCCGACGUGAUGAGACAGUGUUGAGGUAGACCAUCACGUGAUCUGACACAUACAUCCAAUACUUGCUGCAGGCGGAUCUCUUCCAGUUCAGUCAGACACCCCAUACAUAUAGUCAUUACAUUUAAUUGUAUUUGUUGUAUUUGGAUGCCCUUAUGAUGUGUGAUACUGUGAUAUAUUGGAUAGUCAUCUUUAUUUCUCCCUUAAAGCUAAUAUAUGUCCUAUAGUAAUACUACAAUCUAAUUUGAUUAUUAUUUUAUGUUAAAUGAUGAUUGGUUGCGAAAGAUAGUUUUUUAACAUUAAUAAAUAGAGAUACACUUUAUUUAGCAGCCAGCACCUGCCCGUAACUUUUCUUAAUACCACUCUCUGGCAAUAUGCCAGAUUUGUGGAGGACAAAUUUGGCCAAAUAUGGCAUGGUACAGCUUUAAUGAGUUGAAUGAUAAACAUGGACCUGUUAACAUAGGCAGGUGUGUGUGUGUGUGUGUGUGUGUGUGUGUGUGUGUGUGUGUGUGUGUGUGUGUGUGUGUGUGUGUGUGUGUGUGUGUGUGCGCGGGCGUGUGUGUGUGUGUUAUGUAAAGGUUUUAGGGUUGCUUUAUAGCAAUAGCCAGAAUAUCCGGUCUGUCCCAAGGGCAAAAACUGCAAAUAUGUACACAAUCUAUUUUAAAAUCGGUUUAAUAAUUCAGAAGGCGAGAGAUUCAGAAGGACGGAGUCUGGAAUGCAGAAACCUGUCUGUGAAUGUCUAUAUCCGUAUAUCUGUCCGUCUGCAUUUGCACCCCCGCAGGAUUUACAUCGUCGUGACUCCAUCCUUCAGAGCCCUGCCUCUAGAUCUCCGGAAACAUGCCUCGAGAUGGAGAAGGAGGACGCUACAUCCGCGUGAUCAUCGCAGGACCACCAAUCACAGGCAGCAGGAUCACCAAUCACAGGCAGCAGGAUCACCAAUCACAGGCAGCAGACUGAAGGCACGGUGUUCCCUCUCGUCACAGCGCGGGGGCGGUGAGUGCAGCGAUGCCCUGCGCCGCCGUAUAAAGAGAGCGCAGAGGAGAGGAGAUCUCAGGGCAAAGCAACCAGCUCACAAUCAGCAUCAGCACCACUCUAAACGCGACCGCAAAGCCAAAAAAGGACCAACAACCAUGGUGCUUAUCUGGACCCAGUUUGGUGUAAAAAACAAGAAUGUCAACUGCAAAGUACGAGUUAUGCACCGGGACGACAGCUCCAGCUCAAACUCCUCUUCGUCGGGGGAGAGCAGCCGGUCGGACCAAGAGGUGCCCUGUCUGUCCAUCAAGCCGGCGGGGAAGGACUUCUAUAAGCUCCUGGGCGUGCCGGCCGACGCCAGCGAAGACGACAUCAAGAAGGCCUACAGGCGGAUGGCGCUGAAGUUCCACCCGGACAAGAACAGCGACCCCGACGCAGAGGACAAGUUCAAGGAGAUCGCGGAGGCCUACGAGAUCCUCACUGACCCCAAGAAGAGGGCAAUCUACGACCAGUAUGGGGAGGAAGGUCUUAAAAAUGGAAACAGCACGUCAAUGGCGAGCCACGGCAAUGCCCACCGCAGCGGUUUCCAGGGCGAUGCGCGGGCCACCUUCUCCACUUUCUUCCACGGCUCCGAGAGCUUUGACAUCUUCUUCGGCUCCGACGUGGACAGCAGCAGCAGCGGCGGCGGCAGCGGCAGUGACGAUGACGCCUUCAACCCCUUCAGCCGCUUUGUCUUCACCCAGGGGGGCGGCGAGGGGGGCCGCAGGGGCCGGCGCCGCCGCCUUCAGGGCCUUGCCGUGGUCCAUGACCUCCUGGUCAGCCUGGAGGAGGUGUUCAGCGGCUGCACCAAGCACGUCAAGAUCAGCCGUAGCCGCCUCAACCCCGACGGUCGCAGCCUGCGGUCGGAGGACAAGGUGCUGGACGUGGUGGUGAAGAAAGGUUGGAGGGCGGGCACCAAGAUCACCUUCCCCCGCGAGGGUGACGAGACGCCCAACAACACGCCCGCUGACCUCACUUUCGUGCUGCGCGACAAGAAGCACAUGCAGUACAAGCGGGACGGCUCCAACAUCGUGUACACGGCUAAGAUCACCCUCAAAGAGGCUCUCUGCGGAUGCACGGUCAACGUGCCAACGUUGGACAACCGCAUGAUGCCGCUGCCCAGCAGUGACAUCAUAAAGCCGGGCUCCGUGCGGCGCCUGCGGGGGGAGGGCCUGCCACUGCCCCGGACCCCCGCGCAGCGGGGCGACCUGCUGGUGGAGUUCCAGGUCCUGUUCCCAGACCGGAUCCCACCCCAGUCCCGGGAGAUAAUCAAACACAGCCUAGCCAAGUGCUAAGGUGCUAAAGGAGGGAAUCAUGAUGAGGAGUCAUGUGUGUGCUGAGAGUUCAUGCAAUCGCAGCCCUCGUCUGUAAGGUGCUGGUGUCCUGAUCAACCAAUCACAAGCCUGUCUUAUUGUGUUUGGGAUGAGACGGCAGUGAGACCGAAGGGCUGACUUGACUUUUGGCGGGGAUUACGUGAGAACAAUGAUGAUGAUGGUGAAGAUAAUUAGGUCUGACUUUUUAAUAGACGAGAGAUGAUGAUUCUACUGUUGCACUUUAGGCAUGCUUGAUACACAGCCCAACAGAGGGUUGGAGGCCCCCAGCAGAAUGGGUCUUGGGUAGUCUGAGGUCUAUAAUAUUCCACUGACUCCAUACUAGCCUUUCCUCUUGAAACAAAAGGACAUUUAUAUGUACUGUUAUACUUGCAGGAAUAUACCUGGUUCCUACAACAGUUUGCAAUUCAGCUCUUGAUUUAUAUGUCUACUUCGAUCUAUAUAUAGAUCGAUAUAGACUCUUAUAUCAUGCCUGAGAGGUAAAACGGUAUGAGGUUUUCAAAGUUAUAUGGUGUUCAUAUGACAGAUUGUUUAUAUUGAAUUAUUACAAUAACAAAAAUGUACUUGUGUACAAAGAAGUUUAUACAUUGUCUCUAAGAGAGAUGCAUAUCUGUCAAAUGUUCUAUUGAAUCAUUUGAAAUGUUUAUAUACUCUACAAUGAUGAGCCUUUGAAGUAAUAUACAUUUAUAUGGAUGUAAAGCAUGUAAAACGAAUAUAUUAAAUCAUAUUAAAAAAUGCCGGUAUACCUGUA